GGCUUGCAGAUGCCUUGAGAUGGAGUCGUAUUUAAAGCUCCCCUGCAAACCUGGGAAAACCCUGACAUCAAACUGAUACCAGGUGGUGCCACAAGAUCUAAUGGAAUGUUUGAUGUCAAGUAGGUGUAACUGAACCCUUCUGUCUCACUACACUGCCCUUCUGCCAGUCCCCUUGCACUGUCAAAUCUGUCGACCAAGGUCCAGACUUUGUGGAGAACAAUUGCAGAGCCGGAUUGUCCCCCACCAAAUCUUCCCUGGGCCUGCGCGGGACCCGCCUUCCUGAAUUCGGUCAUUUUUUCCCAUCUUUGGAGGAAUGAAGAGGAACAAUUUAUCUCUUGUGAAUAAAAUCGUCCUGUCUUCACCAGCAGUGAAACAACCAAAAGUUGGCUUCUUCUCUUCUCUCAAUCACACCCACAUGCACACUGUCCUUCUAGACUGGGGGAGUUUGCCUCACUAUGUAGUAUUACGCAUUUUUCAGUAUCUUCCUUUAAUAGAUCGGGCCCGGGCGUCUUCCGUAUGUAGGAAAUGGAAUGAAGUUUUUCAUAUUCCUGAUCUUUGGAGAAAGUUUGAAUUUGAACUGAACCAGUCAGCGACUUCAUAUUUUAAGUCCACACAUCCUGAUCUCAUUCAGCAGAUCAUUAAAAAGCAUGCUGCCCAUCUCCAGUAUGUUAGCUUUAAGGUGGAUAGUAGUACUGAAUCAGCGGAAGCUGCCUGCGAUAUACUUUCUCAGCUGGUAAAUUGUUCUAUCCAGACCUUGGGCUUGAUUUCAACGGCCAAGCCAAGUUUUAUGAAUGUGUCAAAGUCUCAUUUUGUGUCAGCACUUACAGUUGUCUUUGUCAACUCAAAAUCAUUAUCAUCGAUCAAAAUUGAAGACACACCAGUGGAUGAUCCUUCAUUGAAAAUUCUUGUGGCUAAUAAUAGUGAUACUCUAAGACUCCUAAAAAUGAGUAGCUGUCCGCAUGUUUCCUCUGAUGGAAUCCUUUGUGUAGCUGAUCGCUGUCAAGGCCUUAGAGAACUGGCAUUGAAUUAUUACAUUCUAAGUGAUGAACUUCUCCUAGCACUUUCAAGCGAAACUCAUGUUAACCUAGAGCAUCUCCGAAUUGAUGUUGUGAGUGAAAAUCCUGGGCAAAUUCAGUUUCAUUCUAUUAAAAAACAAAGUUGGGAUGCACUUAUCAAACAUUCCCCUGGAGUGAAUGUUGUUAUGUAUUUCUUUUUAUAUGAAGAAGAAUUUGAGGCAUUCUUCAAAGAAGAAACCCCUGUUACUCACCUUUAUUUUGGUCGCUCAGUAAGUAAAGCAAUUCUGGGACGGAUAGGUCUUAACUGUCCACGACUAAUUGAGUUAGUGGUAUGUGCUAAUGGUCUUCAGACUCUUGAUACUGAACUUAUUUGUAUUGCUGAACACUGUAAAAACUUAACAGCCUUGGGCCUCAGUGAAUGUGAAGUUAGCUGCAGUGCGUUCAUUGGAUUUGUAAGACUGUGUGGGAAAAGGCUAACCCAGCUCUCUGUAAUGGAAGACGUUUUGAUCCCUGAUGAUGAGUAUAGCCUAGAUAAAGUUCACACUGAGGUCUCCAGACAUUUGGGAAGAAUGUGGUUCCCCGACGUCCUGCCUGUCUGGUGAUUGGUUACCAAAGAUUCUUAAUUUUUUAAAAAUUAUUAAAAUUAGCUUCUUUCUU